UAUGGUUUGGCUAUUAUGCUAACAUGCGCUCUAGUUUCGCGUGCAUUUUGACAUGUAACUUUUCUUCCUCUUCUUCACCGAAACCACGCAUGAGCGAACCCAUCUUCGUCUCUCUCUCGUCGUCUCUCUUUCUCUCGACGACCCAACAAAUUACCUACCCAGCAGUUGAUUACAGUCCAAAACCAAAUCCUUAAAAGUCUCUCUCUCUCUCUCUCUCUCUCUCAACAAGUUUAGAUAUAUAUAGCUCUUCCUCCCCUCUCUCUCUCUCUAUCUGCAAAUACUUCGCUUUUUUUAUGGUUGAUUUGGUUUCGGUGCUACUUUUUUGGGUUGAUUUGUGCUAUUAAGGGCUUGUGAAAGCCAAGUAUUCGAUUGGUGCUGUAUCACCAAUUCUGGGUUUGCCUUGCUUUUUAGUGGGUUUGCUUCUUUGUUUGUGUUAAUCUGAUCUUACCUCUGGAAAAUAGGCCUAAGGUCUGAAUUUGUGUCGAGCGAAGAAGAUUAUGUAUUGGGGUUGUGGAAUUUGGCCAUUUACGUAGCUUCCAUUGAACCAUUGUUUGCGUAUUUUCUGUAAAGAAGCUCGAAAGAUACCCUAAUGACUUCAAUUUUGCUCUGAAUUCGAUAGUUUUUUUUAGCGAAAUUCUUUUGAUUUUGGGUUUGUUUCAAUCUCGUUCUACAUCGAGUCGAUUAAUUGAUUCCCAAGAGCAGAGGAUAGAGCUUCUCAUCGUUGUUCUGGUUCUCUUAUCAGUGGGGCUUAUCUUGGUGAUUUGAGUCUCAUGAGCUGCAUCCCCCUCCCCCUACACUCAGAGUUGGGAUAAUUCUAUUUUAUGGGAUGGGGACUGAUGUUGCUGAAGUUAUGGAAACAGUGCUACAUCCUCGAGCAAUAAAGGUCCAUCGUUUAAUGUGCACAAAACUAAUAAAAUUGCUUGAUAGAAUCUUAAAGAUAUUUCCAGAAAUAGAAGCAUGUCGCCCUCGGUGCUCAUCAGGAAUACAGGCACUUUGCUUGUUGAAUGGUGGAAUUGAUAAAGCCAAGUCACUCAUUCAGCACUGUAGCGAUUCCAGUAAGCUCUACUUGGCAAUAACAGGGGAUGCAAUACUUUCAAGAUGUAAAAAAUCAAGGAAGUUACUAGAGCAAAGUUUAAGCCAGAUUGAAAAGGAUGUUCCAGUAAUGUUGGCUGUUGAGAUCUCUAGCAUAAUUUCUGACCUUAAGCAUGCAACAUUUAGCUUGGACUCAUCUGAAGAAGAGGCUGGGAAGGUUGUGCGAGCAUUCCUCCAGCAGUAUGCAUCUUCAAGAGAAUCAAUGGAAAACUCUGCCAUUGAGACUGUUCGCUUUGCUGCUUUGAGGCUUCAAAUUACAUCCCAAAAAGCCCUGUUGAUAGAGAAACGAUCCAUUAAGAAGCUGUUGGAUAAAAUAGGUGAUGUUGAUCCAGCGAAAAAGCAGAUCUUAUUGUUCCUAAUGUGUCUUCUGAAGAAAUAUGGACAACAAAUUGUGAGGGAGCAAACAGAGCAUAAAGAAUCUUUUUCAUUAGCAAGCUCUUCUGAUGUAUAUGUUGAGGUGGAAUCUCAUGCAGACUGUGGAAUUGAUGAGGUCACAACUGACAUGUUGGGAGGUCCAAUUCCCCCUGAAGAAUUUAAGUGCCCAAUAUCGUUGAGAUUGAUGUACGACCCUGUUGUCAUUGCUUCUGGGCAAACUUUUGAAAGGAUGUGGAUACAGAGGUGGUUCGAUGAAGAUCAUGAUACGUGUCCCAAGACCAAAAGGAAGUUGGAACACUUGUCAUUGACACCAAAUGUUACCAUGAUGAACCUUAUUACAAAGUGGUGUACGGAAAAUGGGGUCACCAUUCCUGACCCAAGUACACAAUCAGCAGCAGACUCAUGGGAAACCUCUUCCACUUCCAUUGCUAGCUUGAGCAAUUCUAUGAAUGAUUUACACCUUCCGAUGGAUUUCAGUAAUGUAUCAUUUGAAUCCUUGGAUGGUAACAAUUCAGAUUCCUCACGUGUUAAGAUCAUAGAUAGCUCAAACUUGGUGUCAAUGCAGACCACUGACAAGUCUCAGAGAUUUCAAUCUCGUGCAAAUAUGCAUGCAAAGAACAAGAGGUCUUUAAAUGAGCUUGACAAACUUCCUUGGGAAUUACAAUGCGAGGUGGUUGAAGAUAUCAAGAGCCAUUUGAAACAUGAUGAUGAAGUUUUCCAUUUAAUGUCUUUCGAGCAUUUUGUUGAACCACUGAUUAGAUUUUUGAAGAGUGCGUGUGAUCAGCAUAAUGUAAAGGCUCAGAGAACUGGAACUCAGUUGUUAUUAGCAUUUGUGAGCAUGUGCAGAAGCAGUAUACCACACCUACAUGACGAGGCCUAUAGUCUAUUAGCAUCGUUUCUCAACUCUGAAGUAGCCGAUGAAGCUCUUGCAAUAAUGGAGGUGUUGUCGUGUCAUCAUAGUUGUAGACCUAAAAUUGCAGCAUCUGGGGCACCUGAUUCCAUCCUAAAGAUACUCGAAACACAGAUAAGACACUUCCUUGAACCGGCCAUCAAAAUACUGUACAAUCUCUCCUCAAGCAGUGACAUCCGUUCCCUCAUUGUACCUUCGGAGUUUAUCCCUAAAUUGGUUCCCUUUUUCGAAGAUAUUGCUUUGGCCCGAUACUGCAUAUCCAUUUUGAAAAAUUUGUGCCAUGAUGAAAUUUCUAGGGUUUCUGUUGCUGAAACAGAUGGUUGCAUUGCUUCCAUUGCUAAACUACUUGAAAUCGGCAGUCAUGAGGUUCAAGAGCAUGCAGCAGCCGUUCUACUAUCUUUAUGUUCGGAACGUGAUCAAUAUUGUCAGCUUGUCAUGGAAGAGGGUGUCAUCCCCGCCCUUGUUACUAUGUCGAUAAACGGGAACGAGAAUGGGAAGAUAUAUGCAAUGGAAUUGCUUCGAUUGUUGAGAGAUAUAGACUAUGACGACUACGCACAAGAAUGCCCUGGACCUGAUCUUGAUGUUGAUCUUGAUCUUGAUCUCUCCAGAGACUCUAGCAACCACUUCAAAGAGAAGAAAUCAUCUUCCAAGUCAUCUGGAUUUUUUGGGUUGAAAAUAUCAAUAUUUUCAAAACCUAGUUCUUUGGGACCAAGAAGGAAAAAGUAGAACGCAUAUUUCAUCUUUUUUCAUCAUAGUGAUGGCAUGGAAUGUGCUCUCGGGAAAGAUUGUUUGCUCCUCCUAUCCCAUAGGUUUCUAUGUUUGUCUGGAAAAGAACAUUGAUAUCAUGGGAAAGCUAAUGCAACUAGUGGGUGAGUGGUUAUGUAUGAUUAUAAUACAUCACCCCCAACAUGUUUUGUAGUUAGGUUUGAUCAACAGGUUAUUCAUGACAUUUCUUCAGGCAUUAUGUAGAUGUGUGAUUGAUAAGAACGUGCAGUUUUUUAUAGUUUGAUGUGGGUAAUUGGAUGUCCUCAAUUGAUAUGUUUUGUAAUUAGGUUUGAUUAACCAGUUAGUCAUGACAUUUCUUCAGGCAUUAUGUAGAUGUGUUAUUGAUAAGAAUGUGCAGUUUUUUUUUUUAGUUUUGAUUAAGGCAAUAUGAUGUUGAGUUGUGAUUGAUGUGUGUAAUUUGAUGUUCUGAAUUGAUUUCCUCCCUAGCAUGUUUGGUACUAAUUAGGUUUGAUUAACCAAUUAUUCA